AAUACAGGCAUUUAUUUAAGAGAGGUCUGUAUAGUUAGUGAAGUCUAGUAUAAGUUAAGUUGUAGUAAAGAGAACAGUUAAAUAACGUUAAAGAAAACUUGACCAUACAAAAGUACAGAGUACAAAGUCAUAUUUUAUAUUUAUCACUCCACUAUUGUUAGCCGUACACCUAAUCUAACAAUGAAGAGGUAUCAAUUAAUAGGGAGAAAGAAGUCGAUAGACAAAUCUCGAUUUCAAAGUAUACCAAUAGAAUAUCCUCCUUAUCAUAUUUGUUCAUUACCUUAUGAAAUCUUACUAGACAUAUUUGCAUUACAAGAUACUCAAACCUUACUAAAAUUAUCAUUAGUAUGUAAAAGAUUUAAAACUAUUAUAGAUAAGACAUAUUUAUAUAAUAAGUUAACAUUUAAAUCCUCGAGAAUUUUUAAAAAAUUUGCUCAUGAACAUCUUUUAAUAGAUAAUCAUACCAGUAGUCAAAUAAAUUUCAUUAAAGAAAUUGAAUUUAUAAAUCCAUUAAUUAAAGAAAAUACAAAAUUUGAAAUUACAAUAGCUGGUAGUUAUAAAAUUGAUGCAGAAUCUUCAUUAAAUCCUACUUGGAAUUUUGAUGAAUAUAUAUCAUGUUUUUCUAAUUUAUUGAAUAAUAGUUAUGGAUUAAAAGUUUUAACUAUUUCUCAAAUAGCUCCUGAAUUUGCAUUCCCAAUAGAAAAUUCUUUAAUACCUUCUACAUCAUUUUCAUCAAUUUUUAAUAAAAAGAAGAUUAUAAAAAAUAAUCAUCGACAUAUUGAAAAAGUUGAAUUGAAAACUCAAUCUGGUUGGUCUAUUCCAUUCAAAUUAUCACAUAUAUCUUUAAUUUUAUCAAAUUUCGAUGCUAUAAAUGAAUUAUGUUUAACUAGUUUUAUUAUUGAUGAUUUUAAAUUAUUAUCAUUAUCUUCAACCAAUAAAUAUUCUUCUAAUAUUAAUAAAUUAACAUUAAAUUCAUGUCUUUAUGCUAAUACUUAUAAAAGGAAAGUUCCUAAUAAGAAAUUAGUAUCUUCAUUUAUUUUUGAUAAUGUUCAAAUAUUAGAAUUAAAUAAUGUAUUAUCAGGGAAUGAUUUAUCAAUAAUUGAUUUCAUAAAAUUGAAUAAUAAACUUUCCACAUUAAUUCUUGAUUUAUCAUCAUCGAUAUUCUAUAGUAAAGAAUAUUCUAAACAUAUAUUUAAUUAUUCAAAAUAUAAUAAAUUCUUUAAAUUAUUAUGUUCUGGUCAUGGUGGAUAUUCAAGUUUAAAGAAUUUAGUGUUAAGAAAUUUUGAUUUAGUAGAAUGUUUUGAUCAUAGUAAUGCUCACAAAAAUGAUGAUAAUGAUCAAGAUGUAUGGGAAAAUCCAACAGAUAAUCUUGAAACUUUACUAAAAUAUUUAGGGUGUAUCGAAAAUGUUACCAUUGUUCUCUCUAAAGAAUGUUCGGUGAGAACAGUUAAAACAUGUGUUAAGUGUGGCUUCACUAUGUCAACCACAAAUGAUCUCACAGUUGAAGGUUUAGAUAGAGUAGGUUGGACUAAAUUAUUAGAUCCUCUAUUAAUAUCAAAUGAUUCAAAAUGUACUGUUACAAUUCUAAACUAUAAAUUACAGUCAUUGUUUAAUAGAAAUCCUACAACAGCAUAAAAUCGACUUGUUCUAUAAGGGAAAAUUUAUCUAAUAAAUCAAAUUAUAGCAACUAAAUAUAACAACAAGUAAUGCAUAAAAUUUAGUUAUUGUUG